AUGGCCAUGGCUCCGGAGCUCGACAACGGAGCUACCGAGUACGAGAGCAUCCUCGUCAGUCUCAAGCCCAGCAACAAAUCAUCCGACGGUGACUUCAUCAACCGCGAGAUCCGCUUAACUACCGACAAACCGAUGUUCAAGAUCGGCCGGGCGUCCAAGACAGUCAGCAAGGGACUUCUUCCUGCCUCCGAUAACGCCUUUUUUGAUAGCCCCGUUGUCUCUCGGACGCACGCCGAAAUCACGGGCAACUUUAAUGACGGAUCGGUCACCGUGACAGAUUUGGGCUCGCUCCAUGGGACAUUCGUGAAUGGAAAACCCACCAAGGAGACCGCUUUGGCCUUAAAGCAAGACGACGUUGUCAGCUUUGGAAUCCACGUGUCUCGUGGCUUGGACGUCUUCUACCCGGCUUCGUGCAAAGUCACUUACGUCAGCACAUUGAACAAGCCUGCCGAGAGGGCUCGCUCUUACUGUGCGCCUGACUCCGACUGUGCUUCCGACUGCAGCGUCAGUGACUUCGAAUGUGACUCUGCUAGUAUUUGCAGUCACACUGGGCCGAAAGCCAUUCCUCCGGAUAGUGCCAAGUCUAAGACUGCGAUCUACGAGAUCGAGGACAGCGAGACAUCUUCCAACGACGACGCUAUUAGCGUGGAGGAAAUCACGCUGUGCUCAGAGACGAAAGUUCUGCCGCCUCUGGAUAAAUUCGUGAGUGAGGGUCGUGGCGAAACGGAUGAUGUUUAUGCAGACGACGACGAGGUGGUUGAAGAGGACUAUGGCGAAGUGAACGAAGACUACAAGGUCGACGAUGUCACCAAUAGUUCAGAAGAAGAAGAAGCAGAGGAGGAGGAGGAGGAGGAGAAGGACGGCGAUGUAGAAGACGACGAAUAUGAGGGGGAAGAACAUGAGGAAGAGGACGACAAUAAAGAUGUUAAGCUGCCAGAAGACAUGGAGGGCAGCUACCUCAGCAAGCAACUCGAAGGCUACGCCAAGGACACCAAAAAGGACAGUCCGCCAUCGCUCGUUUUCGGCAAAGAGCCCACCCCGAAUAACAACUACUCGAUGCCAGUCAUUGGCCUAUGGACACCGCCGCCCAUGUCCGCUGAGGAUGUGGCCACCCUGUCCCGCAUUGUUGAGGAUGAACUCAUACACGAGCAGGAACCCAUUGAAGAGGACGUUACCAAUGACGAGAACGCGGAUGUCGAUCCUGUUGACGACGGCAAGCCGCUUCUCCUCGAAGACACGCUCCCACGCUCGGUGUCUGCCAAAUUCGAUAUCUCGUCGAUUCUCAACCCAUCGCCACCGACUUCGUCUCCUGCAAAGGUCCCGACCGACGGCAUCCCCGCCACCCAGGCACCUGGCGUUUUACCCGCUGUCUACCGAAACAUGCCCGCCAGUUACGAAACGGCUGAAUCCAACGAGGCGUUCUGUGCCGGAAUCAUCGACGAAGCCCGUAUGAAGGUUAACGUGGUCAUUGACUCCCUUCAACAGACGUCGCCGUCUCCGGCUCUACACCCGACUGGUUCCGACCUCCCGCCGCUCGUGGCUCCUAGCGGUGAGGAAGAUAGUGAAGACGUGGGUUUGACCAACGCGACGACAUUCUCGUCGUACAAGAAGCGGAAAGCAAACAGCAAGAAGCGUAAAGCCGACGAGAUGCUUGCUUGCACAUCGGGCAUUUCGGCAGCUACUAUUUCUGUGGCAACCCCUUCCGCAAUCGAGGCCCCAUCCGCAAAACGGCUUGCAACACCCGCCGCCGUGGCCGACAAGAAGAAGAGCAAGGGGCGGGCAUGGGCAGUGGCUGAGAAGAUUGGCAUUGCCGCACUCGGGGGUGCCGUUGUGCUUGGCUCGCUUAUCUACACGGCCCCUUCCUUCUGA